GUGAACGUAACGGAAAAGUCGAGUCGAAGUCGCCGUCGCCUGUUGAAUGCUGAAAAAUUCUAUUUACUUCUCGCGGCUUCACCUACAAGCUCUUUACACUCUCCGUGUUUUUUUGUUGUUUGUUUUUUUUUUUUGUUUUUUGCAUUUGUUUUUAAGUUUUUGUUUUUGUUUUUAAACAUUUUACAUAUUCUAAACGUCGGAGCAGAGCGCGAACGAGCAACAAACAAGAAAAACAGCAGCAAGCGCCGGCAGCAGUGGAAAAGUCAAGAGACAAAACAGAAAGAAUCGUUUUACAAAAAUAAAACUGCGUAUGAUUGCAUGAGCCAUCCAGGGAUGCAACAAUCAGACAACAGCCAGUGCCAGUCCCUGUCCCAAUCCCAGUCCUAACACUCACUGCGUUUUCACGAUGACUGAUACUGGGAAUCACCACCACGACAACAAAAACAACAACAAUAAUAAUAAUUACAGCAAUGAGGCAUCCAGACUACGAUUGCCCGAGGAGCAGCACACAGCAGACCAACAACUGCUCCACCCGCAGCAGCAGCAUCACUCAAAGAAUGGUUCUGGCCAGGCCAAGAUAGUGCCAGCCAACUCGCAUUCACCCACAAAGAAAAAGAAGCGCCGCGACAAGAGCGAUCUGGGCGAUGAUUUUGUGGCGCCCGAUGGCGGCUGGGGCUGGCUGGUGGCCAUUGCCAGCGGUGUCAAUAUUCUGGUGACAUUCGCUCUGGCCCAGCAGUUUGGCAUUUUGUUCCGCGGUCGCAUGGCUGAUCUGGGUAUCAGCACCUCGGAGCUAACCACCAUCAUCAAUACACAGAUUGCGGUCUCUGCAUUUACGGGUCUGUUGAAUGGCCCGCUGUUCCGGCGUUACACAUACCGCGUGGUGGCUCUGGUCGGCUCAGUGCUGACCUUCUUGGGCCUCUUUUGGAUGGUGUUCGCCGACACCUUCACCGUCUACAUGCUGAGCUUCUCGAUCAUCUAUGGCUUCGGGCGUGGCCUGACAGUGUCUGCCUCAUCUCUGGCGGUGAACACGUACUUCAAGGUGAAGCGCCGCACCGCCACCGCGUAUCAGUUCGGUGUGGCAGGACUGGGGCCCAUUGUGUGCCCCUACUUUGCCACCUACAUGCUGAAGGAGUUCGGGGUGCAGGGCACGACGAUGCUGUUCGCUGGCGCCUCGUUGCACACGAUCGCCUGCUCGCUGAUCUAUCAGCCGGUGAAGUGGCACGUGGUGAAGCGGUCCAAGGAUGCCGAGGCGCUGCACGAGCCGCAGGGGCAGGCCGAGCGCGAGGAUCAGGAUGAGGAUAUCAUCAAGAGUGUGGUGGAGCCAGAGACACCAGGGCUGCCACGCGCCAACGAUGGAUGGUUUGGGUCCAGGGCCUCGCUAAACAGCAGCGGGACCCGUAACCGCCUCAACACCUGGGAGAAGUCCGAGCACAGCGGCCACGUGGAGCUGAAGCGUCUUAAUAGUCGCGGAGAGCGCACGGAUAUUCCGCCGCGCCAGCAGCGCAGCAUCUCCGUGAGCCACAGCAUCAAGGAGGAGGAGGCAGAGACGGAGACGGAGACGGACAGGGCGCGUCCAGGAUACGAAUCGGAAUCCGAGGCGGAGGCUGUGUCGCUGAAGCUGACAGAGAGGGACAAGCAGGAGCUCGAGGACGAGAUGGAGCGUGAGCGCCGCAAGAAGCUGCCCUUCUACAUGAAAAUCGUCAUAUUCUUCGAUCUGGAUCUGCUGAGGGACUUCACGUACUUGAACCUGGCCCUGGGCAUCACGCUGAUCAACUUUGUGGAGAUCAACUUUGCCAUUCUCACGCCAUUCAUACUCAACGAUCUGGGUUUCAAUAGCAGCCAGAUAGCCCUGGCCAUGUCCACGCUGGGCUUCUUCGAUCUGAUCGUUCGCUUCCUCAUUCCACUGAUCACCGCCAAAAUCAAUUUGAGCAAUCGCACCUUCUUUGUUGUGGGCAUCCUGGGCAUGUGCCUCGGCCGAAUGUUCCUGUCGAUGACCACCAAUUUCUAUGCGAUGGUCGGCAUCUUUCUCUUUCUGGGCCUCAACAAGGCCUUCCGCACGGUCUUCUGGUCGUUGAUCAUACCAGGAUAUGUGCCACUGAAGCGUCUGCCAGCUGCCGCAGGACUUCAGCUACUGAUGUCCGGCAGCUUCUCCAUGGCCUGUGGCCCACUCAUAGGUCUGGUGCGGGACCAUACCAGCUACGCCUUUACCCUCAACUGCUUGAAUGCCCUCUGUGUGCUGGCCAUUGCGGGCUGGUACCUGGAGGACUGUGUGCGCUCCCGCAUACGCAAAUCCCAGCCCGUUAAGUCGGUCAAUUGAAACCCGAUCCAGCAGCCCGAUCCAUCCCAGCCAUAAAUCUAGCGACAUGUUACCCACACCCCACAAUAUGUGUUUUUUUUUUUAUAUUCAUAUAUUUUUUAAUGUAAAUUAUAGUCAGCGUGUACAUUGUGUAUAUAAUAAUUGAGUCUAGCUAAUUAUUUGUAUUAACUAUUGAUAAUUGUUAUUAAUAUGCAUAAGCUGCCAACAAAACCAAACAAAACAAAACCAAAUAAUCCACGAGUCCUU